GCCUCCCUGACAGAGCUUCAUAUCACGGAGCUGCAUCAGGAGUCCAUGAACGGCACUCAAGGACUUUAACUUUAUCGAGAUGCUGGAUGUUCUUGGCUUUGGCAUGUACAUUUUUCCUGUCAAACGAAACGCUAGAUAAUAUUUCUGAGGUUUCAGGGCUUCAAUUAGUCACAACACCUGUUUGACCAAGUAUUUCCACAUUUUUUCCUCACAAUUCUGCUGUUAACACAAUUCUUGGGAUUAAGAAAUGGAAACUGGGGAUGUUCCUCUAAACGAGAGACCAGCAAGUGGGACGAAGCUUGAUGUUUGUUCUACAACUUUGCCGUAACAAUACUGGAAUUAUCAUAUUUGGAUAUUUUCGAGAGAUAUUCGCAAUGGAAAUGCAAUUUUUAACUGUAUUUUGUUUGCUCAUUUGCUGUGAGCUCUCAGUAGUUUUCGCACGUGGCAAUAAUACGUCAGAUUUAACGUCAAAAAUCGUUUCAUCCUUUAAAGUGCGUGAAAUCAAUACAGACAGCUAUGAACGACGUGUAACUUUAAAUAAAAUGAGUCAUGAAACAGGUAAGGAGCCUACAGAUGUGCUUUUAUCUAUUAGGACUACGAUGUCAGUCAAUGGAAGCGAUAACACAACGGUGAGAGAAUCUUCCAAGCAAAACAACGAAAAAACUUAUCAAAUGGACAAAUAUAUCAAAACAACAUCAUUUCUGAGGGAAACCCACGGCGAAAUUCGGAUUAAACGGCGUUAUCGUCGACAGGAAGGAGUGACGGUGGUUAAACGCGAGAUGAAGGCGCGAAAACAUCCUGACAGGAAUCAAACCGUCAAAUCGCCUGAGAACGAACUUGAGCGAGUGGAGUCAAUGCCGAAACCUGUAGCGCAGAUCCAGCCUACAGAUUUUCCCGCCGAGUUUACGUCUAUCCCCGAAUGGGGCACCUCACCUGCGGAAGACUAUGAGGAAGUCUUCACCCCGUUCGUUCCCGUUAAUACACGGUCAAAAGCUCCAGGGGUGAAGAACCCGUUUUACCCCGUGACAGGUGAAUCGUACGGUGCAUAUGCUGUCAUGUGCAUUUCCAUCCUCAUUUUCACUGUGGGGAUUGUUGGGAAUAUAGCAAUCAUGUGCAUAGUGUGCCACAACUACUACAUGAGGAGCAUUUCAAACUCCUUGCUGGCCAACCUCGCCCUGUGGGAUUUUGUCAUCCUCUUUUUCUGCUUGCCACUUGUUAUAUUCCAUGAACUCACUAAGGAUUGGCUCCUUGGGGAAUUCUCCUGUAAAAUCAUUCCAUACAUUGAGGUUGCGUCUUUAGGAGUAACAACCUUCACGCUUUGUGCUUUAUGCAUUGACCGUUUCCGUGCCGCGAGCAACGUCCAGAUGUAUUACGAGAUGAUCGAGAACUGCACCUCCACUACAGCCAAGCUAACCGUGAUCUGGCUGGGUGCCCUGCUCCUCGCCCUGCCCGAGCUCCUCAUCCGGCAGCUGGUAAAAGAGGAGCGCGAGCCUCCGGAGGUGAUACCUUGCGAACAUUGCGUAGUCCGAAUUUCCACAGAUCUCCCGGACACACUUUACGUGCUCGGACUCACCUACAACAGCGCUCGCCUCUGGUGGUACUUCGGCUGCUACUUUUGCCUGCCCACCCUCUUCACCAUCAUCAGCUCGGUGGUGACGGCACGCAAGAUCCGCAAGGCUGAGCGCACCAGCGUGCGAGGCAACCGCAAGCAAAUCCAACUGGAGAGCCAAAUGAACUGCAUCGUGGUUGCGUUGGCUAUCCUGUACGGCUUUUGCGUCAUUCCGGAGAACAUCAGCAAUAUUGUAUCGGUGUACAUGGCUACAGGCGUGCCACGUCGCACGUUGGAUAUCCUGCAUCUGGUGAGUCAGAUAAUGCUGUUCUGCAAGUCCGCGCUUACCCCCGUCCUGCUUCUGGCGCUCUGUCGGCCCUUCAGCAAAGCCUUCCUAGACUGCUGCUGCUGCUGUUUUGAGGAGUGUGGCCCACCAAAGUCCUCCGAGCCCAACAGUGAUGACAACGAUCAGGACGGUACUACCGAUCUGGAGCUUUCACCCUACAGCACUGUAGUCCGCAGGGAUCCAGCUACGUUCCCAACAGCGGGAACGCACUGCUAAGGGCUACACAUUACCAAUGGCUGAGAUUUAUGGAAUAAACCAGUUGAGAUGUUAUUUCCACAGGCUGUGCAAUUUUGUACAGUUUCUUGUUCAGAGAUGCCGACAAACUGGAUAUUUUACCUUGCGAAAAUAGAGACAAAGAGCCACAUUUAUCACAGGCCACAUGGUCUUAGAGAUGCAGCCGCGCCUAUUGAUGUUUACAAAAGAAGUCAUGAGUUGUGUAGUUUCUUGGAGUUUAUAGUAAGUCUAGAAGGAUUAUGAAUUAACUCACAUGCAUUUGUUACAUUUGCACAGUUUUUCCAUUUUAGUUUGGUGUAUUUGUGUCUCUGAGGCGUAUGGAAGGUAAUAGAAAAUGGCUGUUCGUUUUUUGGUGUUGUGGAAAUUGGCGAUUCUUGUGAAUCGGUUUAACGGUAGGCCUAGCUACCUUGCUAUGUAAGUAUUAAAUUCUCUCUGUAUUUGCUAGUGGAAGAACUUGUGAUGCUCUUCAGCUACUUGAAAGCACUGAAGAAGCUGUUUAGCCAAGACGUCACUUUAAUAAAAAAAAACAACAACAACGAAAUGGAAGGUCUUAGGUUUUUCUUACUGUUAUGAAGUCAACUGUAGAUUGUGUUUAUAAUUUUGUAAGUUUUCUUGUAUUCAGUUUGUGAUGGUAAAUUGAAGAUGUGGAGAUCCUAACCAAUCAGUUUUUCUCCAGUGGCAAGUUUACAGGCCUGUGGGUCAUCAAUGCAAUACAGUACUUUCCCAGUACACAGAGGCUAUUGUUUAAUGCCGUGGCCAGAUCAACAUUAGGCAUUCAUGCUGCAGCGGAUUCCAUGACCUCACGGACAGAAGUGCGAACUGGAUUGGGAGUGUGGGGAAAGAUGUAGGAAGCCUGUUUGGCUUAACAGGACAGCUGGAGUUUCGUUAUUGUGGUCUGGUUACUUGUUGGCUGUUUAGCGUAAAAGGGAAAGUUGUACUUUUGCCCUGCUUGAGGAACCAUCUCAUCUCUUUUGCUAUAAAUUGAAGCUCAGUUCCAAACCUAGUGAGCUGCCUUGCUGUAUGUUUCCUACAUGGACAGCAUCCUUCCAAGGUAGCAUCAUAACAGAAAUGGAAUCUUAAAGGAAUAGUUCAAUCAAAAAUUUAAUUUCUGUCAUUAAUUACUCACCUUUGUUCAUCUUCGGAACACGAAUUAAGAUAUUUUUUAGGAAAUCCGAGAGCUUUCUGACCCUGACCCCUUGUUGUUUUUGUUUUCUCAUAGCUUCAUGAAAUUAAGGUUAAAGCACCAAUGUCACAUGGACUAUUUUAUCGAUGUCCUUACUACCUUUCUGGGCCUUGAACAUGGUAGUACCGUUGCUCAGAAAGCGCUCGGAUUACAUCAAAAAUAUCAUAAUUUGUGUUCUUAAGAUGAACAAAGGUCUUAAAGGUUUGAAAUGACAUGAGGGUGAGUAAUUAAUGACUGAAUUUUCAUUUUUGGGUGAACUAUCCCUUUAAAGGGAUUUUUUGAGACACUACAGUAAGCAGCAAUUUCACUCAGCAUAUCAGCGUAUUAGAAUGUUUUCUGAAGAAUAAUGUGACACUGAUGACUGGAAUCUUCACUUCACAAAAGAAGAAUUUAGAAAAAUGUCUAAUGUUUUGAACCCCAUUGAAAUUUUCAGAAUACCUACUUAUGUAUAACUUGUUAGCUUGUUUUGUAUUUUAAGGCACUUCAUUGAUGACAUUCUCAUGCAUAUUUAAGUAGACUGCAUCAUUCAUACCCACACUUCGGCCUAAUAAAUUAUUCAUAGGCACCAACAAACAGACAUUCUUUUGAACGGCACGUGUCAUAUUAAUAUUUCAUGACUUGCCCCACUACAGUGUGUACUUUAAGGGAUAGCUCACCCAAAAAUGAAAACUUCCCCUAUGAUCUAAACACACUUUUUUUUUUCUUUAAA